AUGUUUCUUUCUUCCCUUUCUUUGCUUUUUCUACUCCUUCUUUUUUUUUCUCUUACGCACUCAUUUUUACUCUUUCCUUUCUUCCCCCACAUUUUCUUUUCUUUCCUUUCUGCCAUUAUUUUCCUAUUUUACUUUUUUCUUUCUUCUCUUUUCCCCUUUUUUGCUCCUUCCUUUCACCUUUCCUUUUUUUGCUCCUUCCUUUCAACUUUCCUUUUUUUUGCUCCUUCCUUUCUUCUUUCUUUUCUUCCUUUUUUUGUUCCUUCCUUUCACCUUUCCUUUUUUUUGCUCCUCCCUUUCAUCUUUCCCUUUUUUGCUCCUACCCUUCUUCAUUUUAUUUUUUGCUCCUUCCUUUCUUCUUUCUUCCUUUUUUUUGUUCCUUCCUUUCACCUUUUCUUUUUUUUCCUUUUUCUUUUCUUCCUUUUUAUGUUCUUUCUUUUCUUCCUUUUUUUUUGCUCCUUCCUUUCAUCUUUCCCUUUUUUGCUCCUACCCUUCUUCAUUUCAUUUUUUGCUCCUUCCUUUCUUCUUUUUUUUCUUCCUUUUUUUACUUUCUUUUUUUCCUUUUCUACUUUCUUCUUUUUCCCUUAUUGUUUUUACUUUUCUCUUUUUCCUUUACUUUUCUUUCCUCCUCUUUUUUCAUUAUAUAUUUUUCUUCCUUUUUUUUUCCUUCUCAUCUUUUUUCCAUCUUCUUUUCCUCUCUUUCUCUUUUCUAUCAGCUUAUUUUUCUUUUAUCUUUUUCAUCACUUCAUUUUGCCUUGA